AUGAAGCAGUCCAUACUGGCCAAGCUACGACGAGAAGCAAGAAAAAAUCACGAGAAGAUGCUCGUCGAGACGUCUUUCACCCAGCCAGUGAGGAAAGAAGCCUCAUGUAACAGCCACUCUCCGAAGGAGUAUGGAAUCACCGAAGAGGUGGAACCAAAGCACGACUCCCUCAACGAGUACUUGGUCAAACACUUCGUGAUGGUCAAAGGACGAGCCGACAAGAAGAGCAAGGAACAUCAACUCUUUGAGUCGAAGGAGAAAAAACUCACGACUAUCAACUCAUUGACGAACCGUUACAACCCAGCUCUUCAUUUCCCAGUAUACACUUCAUAG